GGCUACAUUGAAGAUGAUUUCCGUUGUGUUUCACUUGACUGUACGUGACGAUUGACCGGAGUGUAUCAGCUUAGUGGCUGUUGAUGGACCAUCCCUAUGAAGAAACAGGGUUACAAUGGGACAGAGUACCUCCGAACAAGAGGGUGAAGGUCACAGCCAAGAGGACGGGUUUGAUAACAUCAAGACUUUUGUGGAGGAGGAACUACAAACAAGCAUGAUGGUGGGGAUGGUAAUUGGUGCAGGUAUCGCCAUAGUCCUCAUCGCCAUCCUGAUCUUCUUCAUCUUGCGGAGGAUCAAGCUUCGAAACUUAGAAGCUCAGGAGGCUCCCAAAUACCGCUUCCGCAAGAGAGACAAAGUGAUGUUCUAUGGGCGAAAGAUCAUGCGUAAAGUCUCCCAGUCUACCUCGUCCCUUGUGGGUACAUCCUCUUCUUCACGGCCACGCCUAAAGAAGAAGCAGAAGAUGCUCAACAUUGCCAAAAAGAUCCUGCGCUUUAAAAAGGAGGUUCCCAUCCUUCAGGCUAAGGAGCCCCCUCCCUCAGUGCUGGAGGCAGACCUCACUGAAUUUGAUGUGGCCAAUUCCCACCUCCCCUCUGAGGUGCUCUACAUGCUUAAAAAUGUCCGGGUGCUGGGUCACUUUGAGAAGCCACUCUUCUUGGAGUUGUGCAAACACAUGGUGUUUUUGCAGUUCCAACAAGGGGAGUAUGUCUUCAGGCCAGGUCAGCCCGACAGCAGCAUCUAUGUUGUUCAGGAUGGAAAACUAGAAUUGUGCCUUACUGGAACGGAUGGCAAAGAAAAUGUGGUGAAAGAGGUUUACCCAGGAGACAGUGUGCAUAGCCUCCUGAGCAUUCUGGAUGUCAUCACAGGCCACCAGAUGCCUUAUAGAACAGUGUCAGCACGGGCUGCAGAGGUUUCCACUGUUCUCCGUUUGCCUGUAGAAGCCUUCCUGUCUAUAUUUGAGAAAUAUCCCGAGAGUCUAGUGCGAGUAGUACAGAUUAUCAUGGUUCGUCUCCAAAGAGUAACAGUGUUAGCCCUGCACAACUAUCUGGGGCUGACCAAUGAGCUCUUCAGUCAUGAAAUGCAUCCCUCACGUCUGCCACCGCAGUCACCCCACCCUACUCGCACCAGUCCUGUACGCCAUGGCAAACGCUUUGGCAGCCUGACGGUACCUGAGGAGCACCGAGAAGCAGCCGUUAAAGGUGAAACUCCAGGAGAACAAGGGAAGGAUGGAACAGUGCCAACUCUUAGCAGGACAAUCUCAAUGCCUGUAGACAUUGCUGGUGUACAGAAAAGUCUAAGAUCAGACUUUGACAUGGCGUAUGAAAGAGGACGGAUUUCUGUCUCGGCAGAGGAAAGCAACACUCCACCCACUUAUACUCGGUCCAUAUCACAGGAACAGCGUGAGAGGAAGGUGACAGUAGAUGAAGUUCCUUCAGGAAUCUAUCUGUAUCCAGAGGAAGAGCCAGUUGUGGACAACAUUUUUACACCUGUGUCAAAUCGAUCCAGUGCCGCUCUCUUUGAGGAAGGUCAGAAGGAGGUCCUAAAGCUUAUGAGGAUUGAGGACCCAUCUCUGUUAAACAGCAGAGUGACUCUGCACCAUGCAAAAGCAGGAGCUGUGUUAGCAAGACAGGGAGACCAGGACGUGAGUUUGCACUUUGUCCUGUCUGGUUGUCUGCACGUCUACCAGCGGAUGAUCGGCAAGCAGGAGGAUGUCUGUCUGUUUGUCACCCAUCCGGGAGAGAUGGUGGGCCAGCUUGCUGUACUCACUGGAGAACCCCUUAUAUUUACCAUCAAGGCUGUACGAGACUGUACUUAUUUGAAGAUCUCAAAGUCUGAAUUCUAUGAGAUCAUGAGGGAGCAGCCCAGCGUGGUGCUGAGUGCAGCCCACACGGUUGCAAUCCGGAUGUCUCCUUUUGUCAGGCAGAUGGACUUUGCCAUUGAUUGGAUGGCUGUAGAAGCUGGCAGAGCCCUCUACAGACAGGAUGACAAGUCAGACUGCACCUACAUUGUUCUGAAUGGACGUCUGCGUUCAGUCAUCCGCAAGGCGAACGGCAAGAAAGAACUGGUGGGGGAAUAUGGUAGAGGAGAACUCAUUGGAGUGGUGGAGGCGCUGACCAAACAGCCAAGAGCCACAACGGUCCAUGCUGUGAGAGACACUGAGCUGGUUAAACUGCCCGAGGGAACCCUUAACAACAUCAAGCGACGAUAUCCACAGGUGGUGACAAGGUUGAUCCACUUGUUGGGUCAGAAGAUUCUGGGAAAUCUGCAGCAGGGUCGUGGGCCAUUCUCUGGUUCAGCCCUCAGUCUUCCCAGUAUGACAACAAGUGCUGAUGUCACCAACCCAGCAAGCAACCUCUCCACUGUCGCAGUGCUGCCUGUUUGUGAUGAAGUGCCAAUCAAUGCAUUCAAUCUAGAGCUCAGCCAUGCACUUAGUGCCAUUGGACCUACAUUACUUUUAACCAGUGACAUAAUUAGAGAACGUCUGGGUGCUUCGGCUUUGGACAGUAUCCAUGAGUAUCGUCUCUCCGGCUGGCUGGCCCAGCAGGAGGACAUCAAUCGGAUUGUCCUCUACCAGACAGACAACAGCAUGACCCCAUGGACACAGCGCUGCAUCCGACAGGCUGACUGCAUCCUCAUUGUUGGUCUUGGGGACCAGGAACCUACACUAGGAGAAUUGGAGCAGAUGCUGGAAAACACAGCAGUGCGAGCUUUGAAACAGUUGGUCCUUUUGCACAGAGAAGAUGGACCUGGACCUUCCAGGACAGUCGAGUGGCUCAACAUGCGCAGCUGGUGCUCAGGGCAUCUUCACCUCAAGUGUCCCCGGAGGGUCUUCUCCAGACGAGGUCCCAGCAAACUGAGGGAGGUGUAUGAGAAGGUAUUUGAGAAAACGGCAGACAGACAUAGUGACUUCUCUCGGCUGGCCCGAGUCCUCACCGGAAACAGCAUUGCUCUCGUGCUUGGAGGUGGUGGUGCUAGAGGCUGCUCUCAUGUGGGUGUAAUUAAAGCUAUGGAGGAAGCAGGGAUUCCUAUUGACAUAGUGGGUGGGACCUCAAUUGGCUCUUUCAUCGGUGCCCUUUAUGCAGAAGAAAGGAGUGCUGUUAGGACAAAACAGAGAGCAAGAGAGUGGUCUAAGGCAAUGAAUUCGGUGUUUAAAACAGUUCUGGAUCUUACCUAUCCCAUCACCUCCAUGUUCUCUGGCUCUGCCUUUAACACCAGCAUCUAUAAAGUGUUUCAGGACAAGCAAAUAGAGGACCUGUGGCUGCCGUACUUCAACGUCACCACUGACAUCACGGCCUCAGCUAUGCGUGUUCAUCAGGAUGGUUGUGUCUGGCGCUAUGUUAGAGCCAGCGCCUCCUACACCCCCUAUUUACCUCCCCUGUGCGACCCCAAGGAUGGCCACUUGCUUGUGGAUGGUUGCUAUGUUAACAAUGUCCCAGGCUCACUGUGGCGCUAUGUACGGGCGAGCAUGACCCUCUCAGGGUACCUGCCGCCUCUCUGCGACCCCAAAGAUGGCAACUUGCUAAUGGAUGGUGGCUACAUCAACAACCUGCCAGCGGACAUUGCGAGGAACACGGGUGCCAGAACAGUCAUUGCCAUCGACGUGGGUAGUCAAGAUGAGACUGACUUGUGUAACUAUGGCGAUUGCCUGUCGGGCUGGUGGUUGCUGUGGAAACGGAUCAAUCCCUGGGCAGAGAAAGUAAAGGUGCCGGACAUGGCAGAGAUCCAGUCACGGUUGGCCUAUGUGUCGUGCGUGCGACAGUUAGAAGUGGUUAAGAAGAGUGCCUAUUGUGAGUACAUCAGACCACCCAUUGACCGCUUCAAGACCAUGGACUUUGGCAAGUUUGAUGAGAUCUAUGAUGUGGGCUUUCAGCACGGCAAGUUAGUGUUCACUGGCUGGGCUCGGGGUGACAUCAUCGAGAACAUGCUGAAGGACCAUCGCUCAGCCGACUACAAUGACAGCAAGAGAACAGAUUCCUACACGUGUCCAGGAGCUGACUUCACUGAUCUUGCAGAGAUUGUAUCGAGGAUAGAGCCAGUCCAAAGCUACCUUGCUGCAGAAGCGGAGGAGUCAGACUGUCUGACAGAAUAUGAGGAAGAUGGAAUGGACACAGUAAGAGAGGAAGAAGGGGAGGAAGAGGAAGAUGAAGCAGAGUACCCUGAAGACCACUCUCCUGGGGAGUGGGGACAGAAUGGAGUUUUUCAGACGGAUGAGGAGAAAUCUGUGAGGCAACGUCGGAAACUUGCCAGUGACUCCAACACCUCUGAAGUCUCAGACUGCUGACAGUCGGCCACGAAGGAGUAGGAGCAUAAGACUAAGGGUCCAUAAAUUUUCAGUGUUAGAUGUGGGCGUCACACUCAGCCCUUGCAUCUACUAAAAACUCAAAGUUUUCUUUCUGGAGCAUAGCCACUUAUUGUCUAAACUGCUGAAUCUUCUUUGCAUCAAGUGACUUUCUCCUGAUUUAUGCGGUUUAAGAACAGGCUUUGAAAAUUUACCCCACCCAGAAUCUGUCUCUUCAGACACGUCAACUUUACCGUAAUUCCAACCAUAACAAAAACUGAGACUCUAAACUUCCAUUUCAGCAACUGAAAUCACCUGCAUGUUCCUUCUGUUUCUCUAAAUCUUUAUGUACAUCUUUAAUGUCAGCACACCUUCUCUGCACUGUGUCAUUGAUGAUUUGACAUACAUAGUCCUCAGUUCUCAUGUGUGCUUGUUCAGAUGAGUGUGUGUGGGUUACCUGUGUGUUGGAGUGACUGGUACUGAUGUGUAAAGCUGUGAAUUGUUAAAAUGGUAACUGGGCACUAAAAAGAAAAGUAGGGAGCAUAGACAGAGCUGUAAUUACUAAUAAUGUAAUUAUGUUAAGAUUAUCCUAGAUACCAUGUAGAAAGUCAGUUAGGGAAUGCUACAGGAAGAAUGGCAAAUUGUUAUCACCAAAGGGGAGUGGUUGAAUGAGCAGAAAUAUUUGUGAAUUAAUGCAGUGGACAGGUUUCAAAAAUACAUUAUUGAGAUAAAGCUGGGUGGAUGGGGAGCAAUAUGGAGUGUGCGGUGAAAGUUAGGGAUGAAUGUGAGUGGACGACAUUUUGUCUGUGUGCUAAAAAUUUGCCGUUUGAGUUGUUUUUUUUUUUGAGAUGAUGCCAGAUAAAGACGAUGCCUUCAAGUUCAACACACUCAGAAUGAGCAUGACUGUGGAGCGAUCAUUUGACUGACACUAAACAACAAACAAGUUUGCGUCUGCCUAUGCUUAGGCAAGGUCACACGCACAGUACUCAGGGUUCCUGCGUAUGACUUGACAUUUAUGCCAAUAGUGUCCUCUGGUGAUAACAAGGUGUACGUGUGAGUGCAUUGCAAAUUUUGGAGUAAUGAUAAUCUCCAAAACGAGCCAACAUUAUCAAUAAAACCCUGAAAAUAUCAACAGAUUAUGUGGAUAAUACGCAGAAAUCCCGAGUAAUCCUAAACCUCUAAAUCACAGAAGUUCACCUAAUAUAAUAUUUAAUUCAUAUGGACCUCUUGUAGAAACUGUAACAAGAUUAUAUUAAAAUACACAAAAUGUUCAUAUUAAUAUAUGUAUAUGAAGUGAGAAUUUGUAAGUUGAUGCUUUGCUGCAAACCAAGGGAACUUACACUGAAAAAAAAGGGGUUUGUUCUUGUAACAUCAGUUCAGUUAUUAUGGACAGUUGCCAGACUUGUUUUCGUUUUCUUUUAUUUAUACAUGUCAACUAAUUCAUUUUUAAACUCGGAGACAGGAUUGUAUGUUGUUUUAAUGAACUUGGCUUGAGCUCUUUGCACUGAAAUGUUUGAGUUUAUUCCUUUUCUUUAAAGAUGGUUGUUUUAAUGAUUGCCCUGAAACUUGAGAUGCCAAGGGAAUCUAAGGUAUAAAAAAAAGGUUAAUAUUUAAUAUGCAUAUUGAAAAAUAAAUAUAAUAUGCAUCCAA